GGCGCGCCGGCCGGGUGCGUCAGCGAGGGUGGAUACAAGUCAUUCUGCUGCCUCUCGGCUUCGAUGGAUUGGCGGGGCAGCUUCGCCCGAGGUCUAGUAAUGCAGCGGGCUAUUGAUGGCCUGUGUCGGCAGUGGGCAUGACGGGAAUAAACUCACUAACAGCGUUUCGAGUGCGUAGUAGAUUCGUCACUCUUUUGGUGUAUAUCGUUCGGCCAGCUUCAAGUCUUGAGCAUAAGGUUAUCGCGGAGAAGAUGACAAAAGGUUGUAUGUUUGUUUGUUAUGCAUGUGUGAAUGAAUAUAUGUUCCACUUCCCCAGACGUGGACCUUUCUCCGCAUUGGCACUCUGCCUUGUACCACCUUCCCGUUCUGCCGGUAAACAACACCGGGGCCGAUACUUGCUAUCAUGCACACUCAUGCCGCUUAUGCCGUCCUUAUACGAGAGUUUAUUAUGCUGAUAUCACGAAAUUUCCAACAUUUUGCUUCAAUCUGCUCACUCUGAAUACGCAGCUGGUCACAGUAAUUGAGUUCGCCUAGCUCUCUCGU